AACAAUAAUCUAACAGGUGGACGCUAUUCGUACUGAGUUUUUGUCUCUUGAAUCAUUUAAAGUGUAGGAUUAAAUAAACACGCGAUGGGCAGAGACUAUUACGCUAUUUUGGAAAUAAACCGCAACGCCAUUGAUGCAGACAUAAAGAAGGCGUACCGGCGGCUCGCACUGAAGCAUCACCCGCGCAGCAACAGCCACGCGCGCGCCGCCGAGCGCUUCAAUCUGCUGGCGGAGGCGUUUGACGUGCUGAGCGACCCACGUAAAAAGGCCACUUAUGAUAAGUUUGGGGAGGAGGGUUUGAAAGGAGGAAUCCCAUCUGAGCUGGGAGUGAACAGCGCCUGGUCAUCGGGAUACGUCUACCAUGGAAAUGCAGAUGAAACAUUUCGACAGUUUUUCGGAGGAGAUAAUCCUUUUGCAGAUUUCUUCACUGGUGAUGGCAAUGAGGUCAACACGGCUUUUGAGAGCUUGCGUGGACGGAAAGAAAAGCUUCAGGAUCCACCAAUAGAAAGAGAUCUUCAUCUCGCAUUGGAGGACCUUUAUUAUGGAUGCACUAAAAAGAUUAAGAUAUCCCGCAGGGUCAUGAAUGAAGACGGACACACAUCCAGCAUCAGGGACAAAAUUUUAACCUUCACUGUAAAAGCAGGAUGGAACGAAGGGACACGGAUCACGUUUCCUAAAGAGGGAGAUCAGGGGCCAAACAACAUCCCAGCAGAUAUUGUUUUUGUCAUACGGCAAAAGAAUCACCCACGCUUUGUCCGCCAAAAUGACGAUCUGUUCUAUACAGAGCAUAUCUCACUUGAGAAGGCUUUGACCGGUUUCUCAGUAGAAGUUGAGACACUAGAUGGCAGGCUUCUCAACAUCCCCAUUAAUGACAUUGUGCACCCUCAGUACACCAAGGUUGUGAGUGGAGAGGGAAUGCCGUUAUCCAACAGCCCAUCCAAGAGAGGAGACCUGAUCAUUCGCUUCAUUACACAUUUCCCAGAGAAACUCUCAGCUGAAAAGAAAAAACUCCUAAGAGGAGCGCUCUCAACGAAAGUCAUCCACUCUUCCUAAAGGGCAGUCAUUCAUGAAUUAAACACUUUCACUCAAGAAA